CGCGAGUCUCCGCACCGCCCAUUGCUGACGAUCCUUAUUGCGACUAUCUGAUUAUCGUCUCUAGCUGCUGUGCAUCUAUGAGUUCCUAAUCUUUCCCCAAGCGACAAGCAUCCUAUCAUCGCGGUCGGCUGAACCGCCCAGCUCCGCGGACCCGAUCAUGGAAGGCGCAGGGACUCUAUUUGCAAGCCAAGGGAGCUGACUCCCCUCACAUACCCCGGAACCGACGUUCCCAUUGCUGUAGCUGGCAGUGACAUGUAAGCUGCUGAGGAUCUGGUAGCGUUCCUCGAUUUUCAGGUCUAACCUCCGUCACUACUGCGAAAACCUCGAUUCGUCAAGAUGCUCGUCCGCGCUCUGAAGAUUCCGCCGGCUUUUCUGCUCCUCUUCCUCUUUCUCGCUUUCUUUGGAUGGCAGCUCAGCCAGGGUCCUUCUCACGAGGAAGGCUCUGUGAGUAUGGCACCUGUCCCUGCGGAGGCGCCUGCCCAGCUACCGGCUGAGAGGAAGACGCCCCGCAUCGCUAUGAUGACUUUCGUGACCGAGGAGCGCUCAUAUCACCAUCUUUCGCUCAAGAGCAAGGAUCACUAUGCGCGCCGCCAUGGCUACGAUUUUAUCGUCGACUACGAAUCGCAUACGGAUCGCGCUGUAAUCUUCUGGAAGUACAACAUGGCCGAGCGCCUCAUCAAGACUGGCAAAUAUGAUUGGAUAUGGUGGCUUGACUUCGAUACUCUAGUCACCAAUACAGAUAUCAAGGUCACGGACAUCAUCGAGGAGGAACUCGCGAACGUCACGAACCCUGACGCGAUCGAUUAUCUUACCACGCACGAUUGCAACGGCUACAACUCUGGGUCGUUCCUCGUUCGAGGCCACGAGAGGUCACUGAAGCUGAUACACGACUCUUUCGCAAUCCACGAUGAUCCGAAGAACAAAGACAAACAAAUGAGCGAGCAAGACGCUACGGUUCAGCUGCUCAAAGACGACAAGACUGUGGCUGAGACUGUGCACCGAGUUCCUCAAUGGAAGCUGAAUGCAUUUCCCCAUGAGAUCGCGUGCUUUGAUGAUUCAAACCAGGUGUGGAAGCGCGGGACAUUUGUUAUACACUUUGCUGGAGCCUGGGCGCAUGUGAAGGGUAGCGAUCCAACUGGCCAGCUGAUGAAGAAAUACCAAGACGAGAUUAUCUGGGGCGACUGGCGGGAGUUUUACGACCAGUGAUUGGGGCAGUAUUAAUGGCCUGAACAUACAGCGAGUUUUCUAUGGUCUUCAUAUACCUAUAUCAUUGAACCUACCCUACUAACCGAGUUACACCCGUCAACAGUUCAGAUAUGUACCAGGAAGCUUACAUGUAACGGAGCGUAUCCAGCUUACUGCCAGACAUAGCUAAUGUGCGUCAAGAAAGUCGGAACAAUGUGUCACGUACAGGGUAGUUGUUCAGCCUUCAAUAUACGAGUAAUGACAGCAUAGGGUCCACUACAAGAGCCCGGAU